AAUCCAGUUCAUUGAACCAAUUCGUUUCUCUCCAUCUUCCUUUCCCUGAAACAAACACAAGAAACAUAACUACAUAACGCGCCAAGCAUGCAACUUCUCUUUGCAUGAUACCUGCACAAUAUAAUUGAUUCCCAAUUGUGUUCUCUGAUUCUCUCCCUCUCAGAUUCUCUCCCUCUCAAUUUUCUCUCUAACCUCUAGCAAGUCCAUCCAGAGAGACAGAGAAAGGGAAGGAGAAAGAUAGAGGUCUUUUUUGUUUGUUUUCUUUUCCCUUUUGUUUUUUUGCAGAGAAGAAAGGAAAAGAAGACAAGAAAAAAACAAAUUUUUAAGGUGAUGAUCCAAUGUGCUCUGUUUUCUCUGUUCUGAUGGUAACAGAGGAAAACAGAGAGAGAUUGAAAGAAGAAGAAAUUAGAGCGAUCUCAAUGCAAUUAUCAUUCAAAUUCCUUCAAAAUAUUACAUGGAUAUUCUUUUUAUUUCCUGUAUUCUUGAUUUUCUCUUCUUCCUCUGCCACACGUAGCUCUGAAAUUAAACUUAUAUGCGGUUCUCCUAAAGACAAUCUAAAUUCUACUAUUACUACCGCAUUUGUGUCCAAUUUUGUUAAAGUCAUGGAAUCAAUUCAACAACAAGUAUCUAGAAAUAAAUGGGGGUCUGCUUCUAUUACGUCACCGUCGCCUCAAGUUUAUGGCUUAGCACAAUGUCAUAGUGAUCUUUCUAGCCUUGAUUGCCAGCUCUGUUUUAGCCUGGGCAGAAUAAAGCUUCCUCGUUGUGUUCCUAAGAGCGCUGGUCGUAUUUAUCUUGAUGGUUGCUUUCUACGUUAUGAUAGUUACAGUUUCUUCAACGAGUCUGUUAAUUCCAAAUAUGACGCCGUUAACUGUAGCCAACCAACUGGGGAUUUGAUUGAUAAUUCUUUGCAUAUGGAGUUCAGUAAAAAAGUUGCAGACAUUAUCAAGAAUGUAACUGAUAGGGCUCUACAGAACGGAACAUUUGCUACUGUAGAGGCAAAAGGAGGGGUUGCUCCUGCUUAUGCAUUGGCUCAGUGUUGGAAUUCGCUUACAUACGCCCACUGUAGAGAUUGCUUGGUUAAAGCUGGGUCACAGUUAAGGGAAUGUGCUCCUAGUUCACAGGGUCAGGCUCUGUUUACUGGUUGUUAUAUGAGAUAUUCUACAGAAAAAUUCUUUAAGACCACCUCAAAAUCCAAACAUCAAGGAUUUGAUAAUGGUAUAAUAGGAGCAAUUGUAUUAGCAGCAAUAGCAUUUCUUGUCUUAGCUUCUUUUGGUGCUUUUAUAGGGUAUCGGAGAUUAUCCACGGAAAAAGAAGAUCUUACUGUUCGCAGGCGCUUUUCAGCUAUGUCUAAUUUGAACUUCAAGUAUGAAGUGCUUGAAAAGGCAACUAAUUAUUUUAGUGACGAAAUGAAAUUAGGCCAAGGAGGAGCUGGUUCUGUAUUUAAAGGAAAUCUAACAGAUGGAAGAAUAGUUGCAGUUAAGAGAUUAGUCUAUAAUACAAGACAAUGGGUUGAUCAGUUCUUUAAUGAAGUAAAUUUGAUUAGUGGCAUUCAACAUAAAAAUCUUGUUAGGCUUUUGGGUUGCAGUAUUGAAGGCCCUGAAAGCCUUCUUGUUUAUGAAUAUGUUCCAAAUAGGAGUCUUGAUCAAAUUCUUUUCGCAAAGGACACAGUCAAUAUACUAAGUUGGCCACAAAGGUAUAACAUCAUUCUUGGAACAGCAGAAGGGCUUGCAUAUCUUCAUGGAGGUUCAGGAGUCAAAAUUAUCCAUAGAGAUAUAAAAACUAGCAAUAUUCUUCUUGAUGAAAAGCUUACUCCAAAGAUUGCUGAUUUUGGACUUGCUCGUUGCUUCACUGCCGAUAACACUCAUAUUAGUACAGGCAUUGCAGGAACAUUGGGAUAUAUGGCUCCUGAAUAUCUUAUUAGAGGACAACUAACAGAGAAAGCUGAUGUUUAUGGUUUUGGUGUUCUGGUUUUAGAGAUUGCAACUGGCAAAAAGAAUAGCGUUUACUCACAAGGAUCAAGUUCAAUUUUGCAUUCUGUGUGGAGGCAUUACAAGGCGAAAAGAAUCAUUGAAGCAAUAGAUCCCAAGCUUAGAGACAUAUUACCAUGUAAAGAAGCAGAAAUUGUGCUUCAACUAGGACUUUUAUGCACACAAGCUUCAGCUUCAUUAAGACCAACAAUGGCUGAAAUAAUUCAAAUGCUAACCGAUAAAGAAUGCCAAAUGCCUUCACCAAAACAACCUCCAUUCUUGAAUGCUAGUAUACUUAGUGCAGAUGACUUCACAGAAAACUCUAUUACAAAAGUUCCACUAACAAGAACUUCCUCCAUAACCGUUAAUCCACAAAUGGUAGCUCCAUCACCUUCAAUUGAUACCCAACAUUCAUUGGUUACAGCUACUCCUGGGUGGAGUCCAGUAGAACAGUCUAAGCCAAAAUAGUACCAAAUUCAAUAUUUUUAUAAAAUCUUGAGAAACAGAUCAAUGUGCAUUCAAUAAAUUAAUUCAAUGCAGGCCAAGAUUCAAGAAGCGACAAACAGACCUGUCUUUGCAAUGCCUGAAAUGGGUUGGUAAAGAAUUUGAAUAUUAAGGCACAAUAUUUGCAAUUGGGUUGGAAAAGAAGUGGCCCAUGAUUUUUUAGAAGGUCUGAGCUUUAUGGAGAAGGGGGAGGUGGGAGAGGAGAGGAGAGGGGAGUUUUUCUCUUAGGUUGCCUUUUUCAACCUUAAUUAGUACUAGUCUCUAAUUCCUAUCAUUCAAUGACCAUGUACAGAAUUAGAUAACAAUAAUAAGA